AUGAAUAAAUAUUUUAAGGUUUUCUUUUUUGUCCUCUUGACACACGCACUGAAGUCCUCCCUCAUCUUUGGGCAGGCCACUUUACAAAAAGGUCUCUCUCUUGAUAUUGACAAAGAUUCAACUGCCACUGACAGACUUGUCGUGAAACACCUUGACAGUGACAAGCAAGGAUAUAAGGUAUACACAUUCAAGAAAGAGGGCUGGGAAUACGUUAAUGUGAAACAUGUUUACUUCGGCGAGCGUCUCUUGAGAGUUGGCAGGGACAAUGAUAUGAGGUGUGACUUCGUACACUAUGUGAAGGUCUUCUGGAAAGGUGAUGUUGCUCCUUUCUUCAUCAAGAUGAAUUAUUACAACUGGGCCUGGGUCUCCACAAGGCUUCACUUCAAGCUCAACCCUGAUCUUACCUGGACUGAGGUUACUGUUCUCACUCUUGAUGAAAACGCUGAGCAGGGUUUCACUACUCUUUUCAAGCAGAAAUUGGACGAAUUUGCUUCUCAGGUCGGUGAUGACGUCCUUGCCAAAUACAAGCCCUUCGUUGAUGAUCCCAACAAGAAGAGGUUCGACCUUAAAGCCACCGAUGAGAAGGAGGAGACCAGUAAGAAGAAGUACGUCCUCAUGGUUGUUGUUGUUGUCGUCUUCGUUGUUGUUGCAUCUCUCGUUGUCUUCCUUGUUAAAUUCUGCCUCAAAUAA